CAGCGCGGCGCCGCCAUGUCGGGAGCGCCGGGCCCGGGGCGAACCCCGCUGCCCUGCACCGCCCGCGCCGCCGCCCACCUGCAGCUGCCCGGGGGAGCCGAGGCGGCGCGGCCCGGCGUGGCCGUCAUUGACGUGCGCUUUCCCCGCGGCGGUGCGGCUGACGUGCACGAGAUCGUCUUCAAGAACUUCUACACCGCCUUCCUGAGCGUGCGGGCGCAGCGGGCCGGGCCGCCGGGACCCCGCAAGUGGCUCACCUGCCUCCGCGACCUGCGGCUGAUGCCGUGCCCGCACACGGAGCUGGGCGCGCAGGAAUACUUCUCUCUCCGCCGCUCCCAGAUGCUGUGCGACAUGGAGCAGGUGACGGCGCUGCGCUUCAUCCUGCGGCAGCCCUCCCCGGCGUGGCUGCACUUCGGAAUCGAGGAGCUGCAGCUCUUCCCUCCUGGCAGCAAGACCUCCCCGCAGGACGUCCCCUCCUGGUUGUCCCAGCUGAGCCCUCCGGAGCGACCCCUCAGCCUGCACGGGGUGAGUGGGGCUGUCCUGUGCCGUGGGUGGGGCUGCCGGUGGGUGCCACCCUGUCCCAGGGUGCACGGGUUGGUCCUUCCCAUCCAUCACAUGGCCCACAUUGUCCAUCUGCAAAGCGCACAGCUGGUGGCUGCUCCACUGCUGCCGGGCCUUCUGACCCCAGCAGAUCGUGGCUUGAGCACUCCAUUCCCAGCGGAUGAACCGAAUCACGGUACCCAACCCCUGGGCGCUUCCAGCCCCCUCCUGGCCCUGCUGGCACCAGGGAUCAUUCCAGAGCCCCAAAACCACUGCCCGGUGCUGGAAGCAGUUUGCAGUUCAGAAGAAAAAUACCCACUGAGACGUGCAGCUCGAAGUGGCAUUUAAAUCAGCUCCUCCUCUGCCUGGGGACCGGGGAGGCCUCGUGAGCAGAGGCGGGUGGCAGAGGGAGGCUGACUGGCUGACUGGCAGGGCUGGGCCAGGAGGUGACCAUGGAGACCAUCACAGCCUGCGAGCACCAGUGUUGGGCCUGCUAGGUGGCUCUGGGUGAGCAGAGUCCAAGGAGAGUUGGGGCAGACGCCCAUGUCCCCGCUGGG